AAGCACUGACUCGAUCACGAAGACGAUCAUGCGCUUUUCGGAAAAAAAAAUUAUGACCCUGCGCUGUUUGUUGUUUUCGAUGUAUAGCGAACGUCAACGUCGUGAAUCACCAUGAAGUCGAUGUUGUAAACGACACACAGAUCAAUCUUUCUCUUUUCUGGCAUUUUUAUCAAUCUGGUAUUAUUUUGGGAUCAAAAAGCUUCAUGAUUUAACAAUCGGUACGUCUCGAAGGGAUGUGAUCUGUGUUUUCCCUGCAAUUUCACAGUCCUGGUAAGUAUGCUUUUCGCUACGACCUAGAUCUAUCAUCCUUACGCUAUUGGUGUCAGCCUUUUACCUCUUAGUUUUUGUGUUUCACACCACGAACAAUCGAAACUUACUCUCUUGUGCACAAGACGAGGAACUGCUGGCGUUGCUACAACUCAGCCCGGCCAUUGUACACCUCUGCGUGUCUCGCACUCACCACAACCCGAAAAGUAGACAGCAUGGCCGCCGCGGCUCUGAGCUCUUCUUUGAUGCGAAUCAGCGGAAGGCGGUUUGCGCCGGCGGUAAGCAGAUCAGGAGCAUCUUCACGGACACAGGAGAUCAUUGCCCCAUGGAGCAAUGCGGCAAAUCGCAGUUUCAGCACUAUCGGGGGCCUCUCAAGUUGUACGAGAUCAAGUCAGGCGUUAGGCGGAUUGCAAAAUAAUGGCAGUAAGAAUCGUCUCCCGGCGAGAACUGCGGUGUCCAGGCAGAAGCGGUACUUGUUUAUUUUCCUUUCGUUGUUCUGCUUUCUUGCACAACGACAACUGCAUGCAUAUUCAGCAGCAGACACGACUAAAACGGUGUGAAGCAAAAACCCCACAAUGACGCUAAUUUUACACAGCAUCCGUUUUGCUCGACCUCGAGUCUACUUACAAGCUUGUUUAACAUGAUAAAUAAUGAUAAUAAUCAUACACAUAGGGGAUUCCCAAUCAUACGCUGCUCAGGUCCUUUUCGCAAGCGGCGAUGUCGGCCGCCGCGCCAAAUCCAGGCGAGGAACAAAUGGCAACCGCAACGGCUGGAGAAGCAACUAAAGAAGGUACAUAAAAACAAGAUCACGAUCGUAGGACAGCAUUCGAAAAUCGACGAUGCUGCAAAUUUUUAUCUUGUAUCGGUGUCGUGUUGUCACGCCCUUUGCGCCUGUUCGUGCAGGCUGCAUGUCUGUGGUGAUGCAUUGGUGGCUUUCCCCGCAUGAUAAAUUUUUAUUUAACUUGUAAGCACCAGCACGUAGUUUGGCAUACCUGCAGAAAAAGAGAAUUAUGUCACAAGGUGCACUCCCACCUUCUCCUUCAGGGUCUCAAGCGGGUGCAGCAGCAGAAGGUGGUACUACUAGCGCGGACACGUCCGCCGCAACAUCAGGGACGGACAACAAUGCGCAGCUAAUUUCGGACUUGGAGACCCAGAACGAAGAGCUGAAGGUAUCAACCGCAAAGAAAAAUGUCUUGGUGUGGGAUAAUCUUUGUGUUGCUACGCCACCUCGGCCUAGUACCUUGACUAAGAAAGUUCUUCUGCUUACGCUUUCGGUAUACUUUUUUGUCGCAUAGACGGGAAGAGGGCGUUUCUCGUCAUUCACGAAAUAGAGACGUAUCUACUUCAAAAAGCCCUUGCAAGGCAAGCAUCUCAUAGUACUCCGGUCGGAUGCAUACGUGACCUUGUGAGUCGCGCUUGACAUCGUAAUCGUUAUUCCACCUGGUCGAGGCAUUUUUACGUUUGUAGUGCAUAGGAGGAGAAGAAUGACGACUUGCUGUCAAAACUCCGGUAUGAAUUGCAAAAGCAUCGUACUCGUAUAAAUGCAUUACAAAUUUCCCCAGCAUGAAAAAAAAAAUUUGCAAUGCGGAUUUACCUUAAGAAAAAGAUUUGUAAUGCAUGACUGCAAUAUACUAUCUACGAGUGCGAUACUUUUGCACAGGAUAUCCGGUACCAAAUGGCGGACGCAGAGAACAUCCGGAAGCGGCAGGUGCUGGAAGUCCAGCAGGCCAAAGACUACGCGAUAUCGAAGUUUGCAAAAGAUAUCGUCGAGGUCGCGGACAACUUGCAGCGGGCUCUGGAAACGGUAUAGUGCUAGAUAAGAAUGUGAAUCUAGAAAAUGAAUCAAUUGCACAGGACGACGCGAACAGGCAACGCUUUUUAAGAUGCGUUGUUUAAUACUUGUCUGUUCUGCAGGAGAUGUUAUUUAAUUACAUCAUCGCUCGACCAGACGACACGAGAAAAUUUUGGUUUGAAAAAGCGUUGAAGCAGCAGACGACACGAGAAAACUACAUUUGCCCAUGAACUUUUAUUAUGUCCUCUGUUGCUGGUCUUCUACUUGAAGUGCCACAUUCUUUAUACGAAUUGAAAGCACUUCAGGUACCGGAGCAAGGCGACGCUGGAAGCGCGACUGCUAGUACCACCGAUGGGGGAUCAUAUUCUACAGGACUAAAGUACAUCCAUAGUACCGGAAAAAAUUGCUGAUGCCGUAGUUUUUCUGUCACAAAGAGCUCUGUGAUGAGGAUCUUCCACAAGAAAGGCAAAAAUCAUCUGCCAUUCUACGACGUUGGAGAAUGUUGAAUGUAAUGCGGACUAGCAUGACAUCAAAGGGAAAGGAUUCCAAGAAAUUUGUUAUUGCUUUUGUGACACAAAAAACUGCAUGGCAAGUUUAUUUUUUCCCGCGAGCAUGGGUGUACCUUUUUAUUUUUUCUGUAGGAUAGUUUAACACCCACGAGUGCCGAGGAGUCUCUGAAGAAACUGUACGAGGGCGUGAAACUCACGGACGACAUUCUUAUGGCGGUGUAAUCUCCAAGCUAGUUCCAUGGACAUCUGCUGUAUCAUUGUGUUGAGCUGAGUUGUCGUACAAAGGAGCCUCUAUCAGCUUCGUUCUGCAUGAAGAUGACCACGCUGGCUUGCAUGUUGACAACUAAUAAAAUUCGCAACCACAGCACGCUAAAAAGCAACGAACAAAUGCGUGGGAAACGUGAAGUGGAACAGCGUAACAAGCUCCAUCUGAUUUUGCCUUUGCUGAUUCUUGCAUCACAAACCAACAGAAAGUAAGAUCAUGCAAAGAGAUGUCCAUGCAACUAGAGCGAUUGAGAACAAUUGCAUAAUUCUGUUGAAAACCUUGGAGAAGUACGGCAUUGCGAAGCUAAAUCCGAUGAACGAGAAGUUUGACCCCAAUUUCCACGAGGCCAUGUUCCAGCUGGAUAGUGAGCAGCCCAAAGAUACCGUGGUGCACGUGAUGCAAAAUGGGUGGAUACGGAACUGAAGCAACCCUCUCUCAACAGCGUGGCAGACACACCUAUAAAUCUAUUUGUGAAUAAUUUGUAUCGAUUUGUUUGCAAUUUGAAUCUGGAGCUACUGCUAAUGCUAGCUCGACCAGACUGCUAGUAUCGAAGACGAGACUAAAGUAGAAAUAGUUCCGAAGACGAGCGCCACGCGAAGUUUUGACAUGACGCGAGUAACGCUAACGACAAGGACGAGCAACAGGGCGUUCACAGCUGCCUGGACCCAUGUGUAUGUACAGAUGAAAGUACUUACUUCUACCGAGCAGGUGAGUAAUUAUGUGGUAGAACUACGUACUUGCAGUUGCUGCAAAUCGAAAUACGGAUUCUGCAUAGAACUUUCCAAGUCGCAAAGGUUUGAGUCAGUGUGAUCUGCACAGAAAUUUUUCCAUGAUGAUACAGGAAGUUGUAUCCUGAUUAAAAACGUCCCCACACUAGAGUCAAGAUGGGGAUUUUGCAACACAAACCUAGAAGUUUUGGGAGUCACGCAUGACAAGUUUCAGUCCGUAAGGUAGUGCAAGUUAGCAAGGAAAGCCGCAUCACAAAUCGAUCUGCUGAUCCUGUUUACAGCAUGACAAGUUCCCAAACACGAUUGAAAAUGCCUGUCAUGGGGUUGCGCAUAACAAACGUGUCUGUCAUGGCAAAUCUGCAUGACAACUCUGGCGUGGGGACGUUUUUACUCAGGAUAAGUUGAAGGACCGGAUGUUGCGGGCGGCCAGGGUUGGAACCAGCAAGGGACCCCCGGUAUCAAAUGCAAAAAUGUCUGGGUCUGGAAGAUUUUGAGAUUUGUCAUGCCUGUUUGGCAUGACCGAAAAGGUUGUGAUGCGUGUCCAGCAAGAAGAGACCCUUUUGCCUGUCAUGCAAAAACGCAGUUUGUCAUGCGAAAAACGCAACACAAAGAAGCGCAGAUACUUCUCAAGCUUGCCUGUGCAUUACAGAACAUUCACUAUUCCCAACGCAGCAUUACUUACAAGUUUCCAGACCCAGACAUUUUUACAUUUGAUACCCGGCGGCAUGAAAAAGCUGCUGCACACGACCAUUGUACGAACUCACUGCGGCGCUUUUUUUUUCCGGCGCAGCAUGAAUGUCGAAGUUGUACCUCCAGAACUCCGUGCAGGUAGAAGUUGUAAGCGGGCGACAUGAUAGCGAAACAAGAAGAGGUUCGGAUUUUUUACCGUGCGACAGCCACCGUCGCGGCAGGCGACCAGUACACCUUCUAAUUACAGUCUAGCGACAAAAGCAAGUACUACACCGAGACGAGUACUACAGUAGCGUAGAUAAAUUUUAGCUUCACGAUUUGCACCUUGGUGAAACAAGAAGUACACCGAGACCGACGCAGCAGGCCAUUUUCGAUAAAAGGACGUGACAAGAGCUGCAAGAGGAUAUCUGACGAACCUACGCCAGUGAAACAAGUGAACGAAGUGAUCAAGAUGAACGAUCUUUUUGAUUAUACCAAGUCUUAGUCUUAUGAAUACAGCGACACGCACGACAACAAUACUUUUGGGGGGAAGAAGAUGAUAGAUGAACCACUAUCGAAGAAAGUAUCGAAUGAAAGAGUUCCGCCUCUUAUAUCUGCCGAAUAUGAUAUGAUCGGGUCAACACGACCUGAUCGGCGAUUAAGAGUAC